GGCCCGACUCGAUCAGCCAGCUUAAUGACGUCCAGGACCACAACGAAGCCACUCUCUUUCCUGUGCGAUGGCUGAUCCUCUCCCUCCGCCUUCUUGCUUGACCACAGACGACUAUCACGCUGUAGACGCUGCAAGGAAUCGCUUUGUCAAAAGGUCGCGUUUUCCCCUCUUCUCUGUACCCAACCUGCGUCAUGUCUUUUCAUCGCAUAAGCUACGGUCGCGAGAACAAGCUGAGGGACACGAAGAACAAACUGAUGAGCAACAAGGGAGCCGAGUUGAUGAACUCGAGGAAGUCACUUCACCGGCCGUAGAACACGACGCCGAGCUUGAAAUAGGUCUGCCAGCAGUUGGGAUUGAUGCUGAGAAUAGCCAGACAGAGUUCAGAUGGGCUGUACUGUACGAGAAUCAACGGGGCUAUACAUUCUUCUCUCUUCCGUUCUAUUCACGACGAUCUCUCCUUCCCAGAGAUCCCUAUCCUUUCACAGUCCCCUCAGCUUCCAAUAAACGAACAGACCAACCAAAUUAUUCACUAACCCAAUACCCACUACCUGACGGAAAUUGGGAAUGGGUGUCGAAAACAUGGAUGGUGGACAUGCAGUCGGAUUCUGGCCAGGUGCAGUACGAUGGGUUUGAAUACAACUGGAUGUUCCGGAAGAAGAAUUGGACGGCGGAGGUUGGGGGUUUCGUGCGACGACGACGUUGGAUCAGACUGAUGAAGCGUCCCGCCAAAACGGUCUCGAGAAAGCUUGACGACGACGUUGAGAACGGGAGCACCGCGGCCUCGUCGUUGAGACCGAUAUCACAAUCUGUGUCUGUGUCAUCGAACCUUCCAGACGAGCUGCUCGAACAGCAUGCUGAUGAAAUAUGGCUAAAGAAUGACCUGCAUACUCGUUGGGCAGAGUAUUGCAAGCUGAUGAAGGCAGCUGGACGCGACGCGAAGAAGCUUGAGUUGUGGAAGCGGUGGCUUUCUCUGGAGGAUUCGAACAAGGUACCUGUUCGCGAAGACAUUUCCAGUCUAUUAGCGGUAUAUGGUGACGAUAUUCGCGAUUCUUUUGUGUAUCCUGACUCUCGUGCGCAAUUCACGAGUAUGUUGAAAGAUGCUGGAAUGCUGGAUUCACUGUUUUCUAAUACUGGGAUACAGUCCACGCAUAGUUUAGUUGAUUUUUGGAGUUACGAACACGGUAAUAAAUAGAAUAUCACAUGUAACCGGGGAA